AUGCUCCGUCCGUCGGCCCGCGCUGCGCUCCUCCUGCUCGUCUCCCUGCAGCUCGUCUCCCUGCCCGCAGGACAGGUGCCCACCUGCCAGGAGGUGCGCACGGUGUUCCAGUCUCUGCAUCCGGGCUCCAAGUGGGUCCCCGAGACCCCGGUGUCAGGUGCCGAUCUGCAGGUGUGCCAAACCAAAGGCCCGACCUGCUGUUCCAAGAAAAUGGAGGAGCGCUAUCAGGUAGCCGCACGCAGCAACAUGGAGUCCGGUCUGCAGGUUGUCAGUGCUCAACUCAAACGUCUCAUCAUCCAGAACGCCGCCAUAUUCCAAGAGGCCUUCGACCUGGUGCUGCGUCACGGCCGUAACUUCACUCUGGCCAUGCUGAAGUCGGAUUUCCCAGGUCUCGGGGGUGGAGCGCAGAGCUCGGUGGGGCAGCUCUUUCUGGACAUGUCGCUCUACAUCCUGGGCUCGGACUCCACAGUGGACCACAUGGUGGCGGCGCUCUACGACCGCCUCUUCCCCCUGGCCUACCGCCGCCUGCUGGGCGGGGGCGCCUCCUCCGUGUCUGAGGAGUGCGUAAGAGGAGCCUGGAAGGAGUCGGAAGCGUUUGGCCAGUAUCCCAAACUCAUAAUGACCCGUCUGUCUCGCUCCCUCCUGGCCACGCGGGUCUUUCUGCAGGCGCUGAACCUGGGCAUCGAGGUGGUCAACACAACCAACCACCUGCGGCCGGGCCGGGACUGUGGCCGGGCCCUGCUGAGGCUGUGGUACUGCCCGCACUGCCAGGGCCUGCUGGGGCCGCCGGCCUGCAAGGGGUUCUGCCAGGCCGUGAUGCACGGCUGCCUGGGGGGAGCGGCAGAGGUGCAGCCGCACUGGAGGACCUACGUAGACGGACUGGGGAAGCUGGCCGGUGCCAUGAGGGGGGAGCAGGACAUGGAGGCGGUGGUUCUCAGGCUGCCUUCCAUGAUCAAACUGGCUCUCAAGCACGCUGUGGGCGCCCGCACCCACCUCACUGCGCUGGUGAGCGGGAUGUGCGGAAACACUCCUAAGCGAGCCUCCCGCUCAGUAGUAUCUCCUCCUCGUCUUCCCCCCGCUGCCUCUGCGGCCCGCAACACCCAGCCCUCACCCUCGGACUCUGAUGAGACUCUGGGUGGCCUCCGCAGGGAGUUCAUAUCCGACUUGAAGGGCUUCAGCUCCUUCUACAGUGGUCUCGGGGAGGCACUGUGCAGCCGUGAGCCCACUCCAGCCAACCACUCCCUCUGCUGGAAUGGGCAGGAGAUGACAGACAGGUUUCCUGGGCCGGGCCUGAAGCGAUCGCACCCGGGCUCCGAGUCCCGAAGCAACAAGCCCCCUGAACCGAUCAUCAGCCAGAUCAUAGACAAACUCAAACACAUCAACCAGUUGCUGCGGCUGGUAACGGUGUCUGAGAAACGCUGGAGAGCCAGGUCGCGUGGAGGUGGAGCAGACACGUGGAACGAUGAGGGGGAGGAAGGAUUCGUGAGUGGUGACUGCGACGACGAAGACGAUUGCACCGGAGUGUCAGGGCUGGGGCCGCCGCCGAGACGCAAACGGCUACGCAUCUUUGCAGUGAGCCAGAGCGAUCGCAGUCCAAACACGGGCAGCGGGGCAAACCAGAGAGGCGUUUACAUGACUACUGUACAUGUUGACACCACCGUGACACUAUGCAGCAGAAGACGUGAGACUUCCUCAGGUAGCCGCCUCACCUCGACCUCUUGACCUCCCCCGCCGCCGAUCCUUUGGACACGUCAGACGGCUCUCACAAAGCCAAACAAAGAACAAGUGAAGCUACAAACCGUCAGGAGAAAAGAAACCAAACAGAGAGAGAGGGAGAAACAGCCAGGCAGCAGGAACAAGGGGGUUUCGAUGCACAGACAUAAAGCCGGCGCAGCUGAGCAAACACAGCGGAGGGAGUAG